UUUAACCCUUUAAAUUCAUCAGUUACUUGAGAACAAUUUUACUUCUUGCAUACUCCUUGUUACUUCCUUUUGUCUCACUUGUCACAGACCUAUAGUAUGGUCCCGGAAACAGCUACCCGGCACUUCAGGGGUUACAACUGUCCAUUGUAUAAGGAUGACCUUCCCGCCCCUGCCUCAUAUUGGGGACAUUAGGGAGCGUCUACUACUAACAAGUCCUCAACUACACAGGCAAACCUUUCACACUCCGGGAUAUUGCUGUUACAAAAGCAGUGACGACUCACUAAUCCAUAACUAAUGCUGAGUCGUCAGUGUCGCCUGACUGCAUGUAGCCCUCACACUUAGGGGCUCUUCAUGUUGUAGGAGGGUCGUUUUCUCAAGUGUCAAGUAAGCACGUCACCCAUUGGCCUUAAUAUGAAAGCAUUGUCUGAAUCUGUGCCUCAGGAACCAGCACUUACUACCUCAUCACCUCCUCAGAUAAAAAAAUACUCCAACUCUGUCUCCUUAUACAGCAACACGGCAAUAUCUGAAAAUUCUACCCUACCUCGUCCACUGUUACUGUUCCUUCCUUGGCUGGGCUCAAGUGCUCCCUCCUAUAAGAAGUAUAUCCAGCUGUACUUUAACCUGGGUUUUGAUGUGUUGGUGGCAGAGAGCUCACUAUCACACUUUCUGUGGCCCAAGACAGGUCUGGAAUAUGCAAGACGUUUGUUAGAUCUCCUGAUGGGAGAAAAGGAUCUUUGUUCUCGGAAACUUUACCUCCAUGCAAUGUCCAUUGGAGGCUACACGUUUGCACAGAUGUUAGUGGGAUGUUCCAAGGAGCAGCAGGAAAUGCUGGAGAGGAUUCACGGUCAAGUGUUUGACAGUCUUGUGGUUGGCACUAUGGAAAGAAUGGCAAAAGGUGUGGCACAUAUGGUUGCUUUCCCUCUUUUCCAGUCGUUGGUUGUACGUGUGACGCUACUUUACUUCUCACUCUUUAAAGCCCAUACUGUAGAUUACUAUGAGAAAGGAAUCCAAGCCUUUUGGGAAAAGCCAGUCCCCUGUCCUGGCCUGUUCUUCUACUGCUUAAAUGACCCAAUGAGUGAUCAUAAUGCAGUGGAAGAGCUCCUUCAUCAUUGGAGAAAGAAUGGAAUCGAAGUUCAGGGCAAGAAAUGGAUGAAUUCAGUACAUGCAGGGCAUCUUCGAAGGCAUACGCAGGAGUAUACAGAUAUCCUGAACAAUUUCAUUAAUGAUCUACAGGCAAGAGUGCCAAAAAGCAAACUGUAGCUGACUGCUGCACAGUUUCAUCACUGCCGCAAAGUGUAUACUGGACAUUAUACUACUAAAGAAUAAUGUAUUAUGCUCAAGUUGUUUCUUAAAAUCAAUUUCAUUCUCAAGAUCAAUCACUCUUAAUAUGCUAUAUAAAAAAACUGGGGUGGGGGCUUCUCAAACCUUGUGCAGAGGAGCAGUUGCCCAUAACAACCAAUUAUAUUGCUACUUUCAUUUUUAAAAGGACUUCUUAAAAAAAAAAGAAAGCUUGAAUCUGGUUGCUUUAGGCAACUGCUCCACUUUUCUUUCCUCGAGGUUGGAUACAUCUCCUAUUAUGUAACCAGCAAUUCAGUGUUUGUUGAGUAAGAGGGUGUCCAGUAAUGGUUUUAUUUCAGUGUUGUGUUCACACGGGCAGGAUGUACUGAGAGUUUUCCGCUGAGGAAAUUUUGCCAUGGCGUAAAAUUUGCAGUAGAUCUCACAUGUGUGAAUGUACCCUUAGAGUAGGGUCUCAUGUUCCGUAUUUUGCUGCAUAUUUUCCUACCCAUUGAAGUCAAUUGGUAGCAAAAUCAGCUGUAGAAAGUAUGCAGCAAAAUAAGGCACGUGUGAACCUACCUUUAAGGGUCAUUAUUGUUACCAAUCUCCUGUCUAAUUACCAGUUCAAAAUUGACAGCAAAACUGCAUAACUGCUGCCAUGCUAGGGCCCAUUCAGAUGGUGGAAUAUCUACCCGUAAAAGAAUGGGAGGCUGCUGCACCAACAUUUUUCUCACUAAAUUCCUCAGUGGAUUCGUGCCAUUUAAUAUGAUCUGAAAUUGGUGGUUAUGCCCACAUCGUUAAGCGGACAUAGACUUCUCUUGCAGAUUCCACUGGAAGAUUAGACAGGGUAAGGCUGGGCUUACACUACAGAAUUUUCGAGUGGAAUUCUGUUUUGAAAUUCCGCUCGGAAGUCUUGGUGCUGCCCAUGGAAUUCCACUGCACAGUGCACACAGCAGAUUUUUCCAGGCAGACUUUCCACCUGAAAAAUCCCCUGGAAAAAUUUUGGCGGAACAUUCAUUGUUCAAUGUUCUGGCGGAUCUCCAUUCAGCUGACAUUGCUGUCUAUGGGGUUGGCAAUGUCUGCACAGUCCUAGCACCGAAUGAUUCAACCAGCACUGGCCACACUCAGAAUCUCAGCCAGGUUCAUCUUCUGCAAGAAUCUAAUUCUUCAUCGGAAAUUUCUCUACAGAUCUUUCGACAUGAAAUAAGCAGCAGAAUUUCUAUCAGAAUAAAUAGGAGGGUGCUGCAAGUGGAAUCUGUGCAAAAUUCCCUGUGGAUAUUCCGUAGUGUGAACAAAGUCUUAAAGGGUUACUACACUGUAAACAUCUUAUCCCCCUUUGUAUAGGAUGUUAGAUUACAGGGGUCCCACCGCUGCAGCUUCCAUGUUCAUGACGUCACACCAUGCCCCCUCCAUUCAUAUCAAUGGGAGAGGGUGUGAUGGCUAGUACACAGCAGUCACGCCUCCUCCCAUAGGGGUGAAUGGAGGGGGUGUGGCCACAAGCAUCACCAGUCAUCGGGCAUGGAGCUGAAUUUGCUCCAUGCACCGAUUGACUUGGGGUGCUGCAGGGGAUAGGGGAUAAGAUGUUUGCAGUGGAGUACCCCUUUAAUGUGCAUAAAUGGCCAGGAAUUUAAAAAAGAGUGUAGUGCAGAAUCAAAUGUGUUACCGUUUACUUAUUUGUAUGUAAAAUACACUCUGGAGGGGGAAAGAUUGAAAAAGCAAAAAAAAAGCUCUUUUACCUUUCUUGUUUCUGCUCAACUGUGGGAAUCAUGGAAAUCGCCAAACCCUAAAGUGUUGGUGGUGCAGGAGCAAGGAAGGUAGGAGAGCGUUUUACAGAUGAGUGAAGUUACAGUAAUUCGAUUCGUCACGAACUUCUCGGCUUGGUGGUUGCUGACUUUAGCCUGCAUGAAUAAAUACAGUCCUAGGAGAGAGUCUCCUAGGACUGGAUCCAUCUUUUCCAGCCCACCGAAGCACCUGAAAGCUGAACUAACUUAUGCAGGAUAAGUCAGCAAACGCCAAGCCACGAGGUUCGUGACAAAUCGAAUCAUUGUAACUUCGCUCGUCUCUAGAGGUUUUUUUUAUUUAUUUAUUUUGUCUUUUUACCUUUCCCCUUUUCAAGCUGUUUUUACAUAGGAUUGAAUCACUGCAGUACCCUUUUUAAUAAAAGCAUGUCGUAUUCACAAAAUACACUCCCUGAAAAACUAUUUAUUAUGUAACAGAGCUAAUUUAAUUAUAUUUCUGGAACUACUUCACAAUACAGGUAGAUAGAAAUGUGAAGGACUUGGAAUAAAUUCUCUUGUAUAAGCAGGGAAGGGAAACACGUGUUGUGUAUUGUGCACUUCUUUAUGCUGCCUGUAACUCCUUGUAGUGUUUCAUUUCUUGUUUCUUUAUACUUUACAUCGGGUACCACCUGAGCUACUAGGAUUGCACAUGUCAUUACAUUAAGCCAUAUGUGUAUAUUUACAGCACUGCACCCUCAAGGCUGCUAUACACUGUUUUUUUUAUUUAUGUAUGCAGUGUUAUACCUCAUAUCUUUUUAUCAAAUUUUGUAUGUACUAUUAAGAUUAAAUAUUUUAUCU